CAGGCACCGCCGCCGCCGCUGGUUCAGUCCGUUACCCACCGUCAUCCGGCGAGCAUUUCGCACUCGAGUGUUCGUCGAUCGUCGAUCGUCGAUAUAUUAUUAUUAUAAUCAUUUUAGUUUAUUAUUUUCGUGUUCUCGCUCGUGACGCGUGAUAAUAUUAUUGUUGUGUUAUUCGUCUAUAGGAUUUGUUUAUUUUUCAACCAACCAACCAACCAGCUAGACUUGUCGUCAUGUUUUCGCCUACUCCGUCGCCGAUUUCUCGGACCGUAACGUACAGAAAGAUAACAAAACCGUUGUUGGAACGAAAGCGUCGAGCUCGCAUAAAUCGGUGCUUGGACGAGUUAAAGGAUCUAAUGUUUUCUGCCUUAGAGGCUGAAGGUGAAAAUGUCGAUAAACUCGAAAAGGCAGACAUUUUGGAAUUUACCGUUAAACAUCUUCAAAAGAUCACUAGGAGAGAUCCCGUAGAAGAAGCUUAUAAAUUUCAAGAAGGAUUCAGCCACUGUGCCAGCGAAGCGUGCAGUUUCCUGUUGUCGCUGCCGGGUCUGGACUCGGUGGUCGGCCGCCGUCUGGUCGAGUACCUGGCCAAAUCGGUGUCGCGCGCUCUCGAAUCUCAACUGCCGGCCGCCGCCGCCGCAGCCACCGCAGCCGCGGCCGCGGCGAUGGCGGCUACUGACAAACGGGCAGCCUCCAGUUCAAGCGAAGACCGGAUGCCACCGCAGCCACCCGACCACACGCCCCCAACGCCACCACUGUCGGCCGCGGCCGCGACGGUCCUCACGCCUCCAUGCCCCGCGGCCGGCAGCGCCGCUACAGCCGACACCGCCGUCCACUUUGCGGCCAUCGCCGCCGCCUCACCGACGCUGCAACCAGUCACCCUAAACGCUUCCAACCGCGGCCCACCGCACACAGUCGUCAGGCCCAAACCCACAAGGCCCGCGUUCGGCCGGUCGCCGCCGAACCUGCAGCAAGACGCCGCUGCUGCAGCCGCCGUGGCCGCCCUACGCGAUCCAAUGUGGCGGCCUUGGUGAUCGACUUACCGUCGCCGCCGACUUUUUGCGGCCGCGGCCACACCGCGUACUUACUGUCACCUGCUGCACUCUCGUCGUGAUUCAUUGCGGCCGCCGACACGAGCAGAAGUGCAUCGAAAUCGUCAGCCAUGUACCUAUUUAUGAUUAUUAUGAUAUUUUAUGCAUAUAAGGCCAAAUAGACCGAAAUGUGGAUAGUUGAAAAUCUUUUCUUUAAUUUGGGCGGUAAGAUUAUGAGUUAUUCUCUCUAAAGCCCCCAACCCCCGUCCGAUAUCCGACUAUGUGUGUUAGAGGUAGUGCGGUAGUGCGAUUUUCGUGGUUUUUCGUUUAAUUUAUAUUUAUUUUGUUUUGUGUUUUUUUUUUUUGCCUCAAUCGUCACAAAAGUUUCACAAUUUUAUUAUUAUAAUAUAAUUUAUUAAUAUGAUGUAUAAUAUUAUGUUUGCCACAGUAACUGUAUUCGGGUCUUCUCGAAUGUCAUUUUACUAACUAUCUUAGUUGAUUUUCAAGGGAAUAGUUUUUGGAGAGGGGGAGUUUGUUAAGAGUGUAUCAGCUGUCGUUUAAUUUGGAGCGAUAUCGCACGGUAAUUUAUUAUGUUUUCAACUUUUGUAAAUAUAUUAUACAUUUUUUAUUAUUA